AUGGUGGCUGAUCCAGUCUUCUCACUGUGCACUCCCCUACACCGACCUUCUGCCUCCCUCUUGCUCGCUGAAGAGGCCCUAAUUUUAAAAUCAUUUGUUCAUGGCCGCGCAGGUCCGCUGCGGCGUGCAGACCUUCUCCAGCCGCAGCAAGCCUCGCUCCCCUCCGGUCGGAGGCGCGGGUGUGCGGGCAGCGGCAGCGGCAGGACGCGGGGGGGCUCCGAGCUGAGGCCCACGGGCUCGGUUGCUCCGCAGAUGGGGAAUUCUCCUGGGGCUGGGAGCGACUCCGUGUCCCCGGCACCGGCAGGUGGUAAAAAACAAGCUGCUGGAAUGACAGGAAGGACAGGAACCACGGAGGUCCUGUUCCAUCUUCUGGUUUCCCAGCUAGGAACAGAGAGGCUGAGCCGCGAGGAGACGGCCCCGGGCUCCACGGCCGGCUCGGCUGUUACAUGUCUCUGGGUUUGCGGGCUGGUGGGGGACUUCCACCUGGGCGCCGGGGACCCGCUCUUCCCCUUCUCAGCCUGUUCAGAGGAGGGCAGAGCCGGAGCCUGGCCGCCGCCACUGGGGGCCGCGUCACCGGGCGCGGGGCGCAGCCUCACGCCGCUGGCCUCAUCUGUCUCGGCUCUGUCUUUCGGCGCGUCAGAAUCCUACUUCGGCUUUAUUUUUUAA